AUGAUAAAUUUGAAUGGUCACUCCAGAUUUUGGAACUUUCUGCAUUUAUUAUGUUCUGAUCUACAGGGGGUACUGCACUGGGUAGUAGAAUCUGCUCUCGGGAUUGAUCCACUAAAGAUAGAAGUCAGAUUGUUUGACAAACUCUUCAUUUUCGAGAACCCUGCCGAACUUGAUGACUGGCUUGCUGAUUUGAAUCCUGAAUCUAAAUUAGUCAUAUCUGAGGCUUUUAAUAGGAGAGGAGCUACCAUGACUAAUCUUGAUUCAACUAGAGUUCCAAGUCCAACCAGGCUUGAGGUUCUUGAAAUUUACUUCUCUUGUAGUGCUUCCAAAUUCUUUCUCGACUCCAUUAUAAUCGGCAUACAAGAGGAAGCAGCCGAGGCUUACGACAUUGUAGCCAUUAAAUUUCGCGGACUAAAUGCUGUGACUAAUUUUGAAAUAAGCAGAUUUGAUGUAAAAAGCAUACGGGAGAGCAGCACAUUGCCAAUUGGAGGUUGA